AUGAUAGCGGUCACAGAAGCAGUCUCAAAACUUACACCAAAGGCAAAACCCUCACCAUACGCGAAACGAUGGUGGACGACAGAUCUAACGCAGCUUCGCCGUAUAUACACAUACUGGAGAAAUCAGGCUAGAUCGCGGCGUAGAGCAGGAUGUAUAAUCCAUGAGCUCGAACAACAAGCACAUAAAGCGGCAAAAGAAUAUCAUGAUGCAAUCCGGAAACAGAAGAAGAUACACUGGGAAGAUUUCCUUGCUAAUGAUGCAAAUAUAUGGCAGGCAACUAAAUAUCUAAAACCUAAUAGCAGCUCAUUCAGCGACAAAAUACCACCAUUGGUAAAGGCAGAUGGAUCUACUACCAAAGAUAAAGGAGAGCAGAUGAAAGAGUUGCUUGCUACAUUUUUCCCACCAUUACCGACGAGAAUAGAAGAUGAGGGAACUCGGCCACAAAGAGAGCCGAUACACAUGCCUGAUCUCACUAUGGAGGAGAUUGAACGAAAAGUCUUUGAAGCUAAGCCAUGGAAAGCACCCGGAGAGGAUGGCCUCCCAGCAAUGGUAUGGAGGCAGCUCUGGCCAGUGGUCAAAGAAAGAGUAUUCCGUAUCUUUCAGAUAUCACUUCAAGAUAGCGAUCUCCCUUCCCAAUGGAGAAAUGCUAAGAUUAUACCGCUAAAGAAGCCGGCCAAGAAAAAUUACGCGCUGGCUAAAGCAUGGAGACCAAUAUCAUUGCUCUCCACGUUGGGUAAAAUACUGGAAGCGGUCGUCGCGGAAAGGAUAUCAUACGCUGUCGAGGAGUUCGGCCUGCUGCCUAUAAACCACUUUGGAGCAAGGAAGAGGCGCUCGGCAGAACAGGCACUUCUAUUAUUGCAAGAAGAGAUCUAUAAGGCCUGGAGAAAUAGGAAGGUACUAAGCCUGGUCAGUUUUGAUGUCCAAGGGGCAUAUAAUGGAGUCUUCAAAGAGAGACUGCUGCAGAGACUCAAGGCAAGAGGAAUACCUGACCAAAUAGUUCGAUGGAUUGAUGCUUUCUGCUCAAGACGCACAGCAAACAUCCUGGUUAAUGGAUCUACAAGCGAACAACGGGAGCUACCACAGGCAGGCUUACCACAAGGAUCACCACUGUCCCCAAUACUAUUCCUGUUCUUCAAUGCGGAUUUAGUACAACACAGGAUAAGUGCCUCCGGAGGAGCAAUUGCAUUUGUGGAUGACUAUACGGCAUGGGUAUCAGGCCCAUCAGCAGAAGUAAACCGGGCUAGCAUACAAGCCAUAAUCGACAGAGCCUUGGAUUGGGAAAGACGAAGCGGGGCAACAUUUAAAUGUGAUAAAACGGCCAUAGUUCACUUCACCCGGACGGCAAGCCGUUCAAGCAGCAUACCAUUCUUGAUUAAAGGCGAAAUAGUCGAACCAAAGGAAAGUGCAAAGAUUUUAGGAAUAGUGAUGGAUUCCCAGCUACGGUUCAAGGAACACAUUGCCAAUGCUGCUACCAAAGGACUCACGGCAGCCAUGGCGCUGAGAAGGCUAAAGAUGACUUCCCCACGGUCAGCAAGACAACUAUUUAGAGCUACAGUAGCUCCAGUGACAGACUACGCUUCUAGUGUCUGGAUGCAUGCCUGUGGAGCAAGGGGAACACAAUAUUUAAACAGAAUACAGAAACAUGGAGCUAUUGCAGUAACGGGGGCCUUUCGGACAGUAGCAACUGCUGUGGCUGAGGCAGAAGCAGGCAUCCAGCCGUUCCACAAUCGACAUAUGGAGAAAGCUAUAAAACUACACAUCGACAUCCAAACACUACCUGAAUCAAACCCCCUAGUCAAACUAAGGACUAUCACAACCCAGAGGUUCAGGUCUCCGCUACAGAGGAUAGCUCGAGCCCUAGAGACAACAACAACAACCGAGCGGAUAGAAACUAUCCAAGCAUUCACAAUAUCACCAUGGACAGCGCGUAUACAAACGAUACACGAAAAAGACGGGGAACAGACCAUUCAAAUUGCUAAGAAGGCAAUUGGUAUCCUAAUUGCCACAAGUGCAUCUGCUAGAUCCGGAAUAGUGGGUAUAGGAGGCCAUAUAAGAGACACCCAGGCAGACAAUAAUGGAACCGACAUAUCCAGCUUCUCGAUCACCCUGGGCAAAAGGACAGAGCAGAAUCCUUAUACAGCAGAACUAGAAGCGAUGGCGGUCGCCCUAGAACGAGUCCCUCCUGGGGCAUGCUGUAGAUGGAUAUCUAUCCUUAGCAGUAAUAGAUCCGCAGUGGCAGCAAUCAGCCAACCCCGCCAGCAAUCUGGUCAAGAAACCAUCCAGCGGAUAUAUAAGCAGAUUGAGACCUUAUACCGGCGAGGAAACGCAGUAAAUGCAAUCUGGAUACCAGCACAUGCAGAUAUCAACUUGAAACAACGAGCAAAAGCUGAAGCACAGAAAGCGACAGGAACAGAGCAUCUGCCGGAGAAACAACCAUCCCAAGCUAGAUCAACUGCUAUCAGGCUCGCCCUUGCGGAACGGCAGCUAGAAUGGACUCUCCCAGAGAAUGUUGGUAAAUACUCAAAGGCUGUAGAUGCAGCUCUUCCAGGAAAACAUACAAGGAGCUUGUACGACAGAUUGAACCGGAAAGAGGCAAAAAUCCUGGCCCAGCUUCGGACAGGAAUGACAGGGCUCAACAGCUACUUGAAUAGGAUAGGCGCAGCAGACUCCGAUCUCUGCGCAUGUGGACAAGCAAGUGAGACAGUGGAACAUUUCCUAUUCCGCUGCACAAAAUGGACAGCGAUGAGAGAAGGCAUGAACCAAUGCACAGAGUCGAGACGAGGUAACCUGUCCUUCUUCCUAGGCGGAAAAUCACGCUCCGACCCGGAUCGAUGGCAACCAGACAUGAAGGCCGUCCAGGCAGUAAUCAAGUACGCAAUUGCAACAGGAAGAUUAGAACAGGAACCCGAAGCCGGACCUCCAUCAACAUAG